AUGCCCUACGCGGAGGAUUUUCCGCCCGCGGGAGCAGCAGGCGGGGGAGGAGGCAUCGGGUAUCAGGAGCAGCCGGCGGAGCUACAGGAAUAUUCGUACCAGGAUUUAGUCGACGCGACGGAGGAUUUCCAGGAGCAUUCUGUGCUGGGAGAGGGGGGGUUCGGGAAGGUUUAUAAGGGGUACGUUUUGGACCGGUUUCCCGUGGACGGCGGCCCGCCUGUGACGGCGACGGUGGCGAUCAAGAAACUUAACCCGUCGGGUUACCAGAGCAAAGUGGAGUGGAUGAGGGAAAUUUUGGUGCUGGGGAAGCUGAACCACCCGAACUUGGUGCGGCUGAUAGGCUACUGCGCAGAGCUCGAGGAAAUGCUGCUUGUCUACGAGUUCGUCCCAAGAGGCAGUCUCGACUACCACCUCUGGCCUGCCCCCAACGUGCCCGCGGAUCCUCUCCCAUGGCAAGCGCGACUGCGCAUCGCCCACGACGCUGCAUGUGGGUUGGCGCAUCUGCACGCCAGCAACUUCAUCCAUCGCGACUUUAAGGCGCCGAAUAUUCUCAUUGCCGAGAAUUACGCGGGCAAGUUGACGGAUUUCGGGCUGGCAAAGGACGGGCCGGAUGCGGGGCAGACGCACGUGUCGACUCAGAUCAUGGGCACCAUGGGGUACCUUGACCCGCGAUAUGCCGAGACAGGUCAGCUGACAGUGAAGAGUGAUGUGUAUGCCUACGGGGUGGUGCUUCUAGAGCUUCUCACAGGCAAGAAGGCGAUGGGAAUCAGCCCCGGGGGCAAACCCAAGACCCUCACCUCCUGGGCGCGCCCGUACCUCAACAAGGCUCGGCCGGACCUAGAGUCGCUUGUCGACCCGAACCUGAUCGACCCGUUCCCGGAGAAGGUGGCUCGGACGCUGGCGAUUUCGGCGAAGCACUGCAUUCAGGACGACACGAAUAUGCGACCCAUGAUGAGCGAUAUUGUCGACACGCUCCGGCCCCUCAACACCGCCAUUAAUGGCCGUCGCUAG